AUGCAGUCUUCAAAGACCAGUCUGGUUGUUCCACACGGCCUCAAGACCCUGCUUGAGGGGGUGAGUCGGGCUGUCAUAGAAAACAACCCGGAUGACAUCAUUGAGUUUGUCGCUCUCUAUUUUCAAGAGCUCGUCGCCUUUCGAAAAGGGAAUCCAAAUCUGGAUAUAACAGAACUGGUUGAACAGUUUAAGUUCGUUAGCGAAGAGGAGACAUCAGAGUACACAGAUACUUUGUUUUCUGGAGAGCCCAAGCUAAUGGACAAGUGUACGGACACAGAGGAAGACCGGCUCCUUGAAGAACCCGAUAUUGAAUAUAGGUCCAAAAUAACUCAAUACCCAUCAAUUGCCAGAUCCAUUGCAGAAAGCAAAUCCCUCCCUGGAUCUGAUGGAGCUUCAUCCCCUGAGGGACCUGACCUGGUGUACGUCCCUGCUGAGGCUGCAGAGCUUGCUGCCCAUGUGCUGG